AGUCACCGUUCGCAGCGCGCGCAGAGAGCGCAUCUUCACGUGUGCCUUGCGAAUCGCAUCGGUAUUAAACCUAACUUUACCAACUUUUUAGAGACCGACCGAACAGUUUUGAUACUCCAACGUUCUGCAUUUCCAUUACUAUAACCUUUUUUGUAUCUCUGCUUUUUUCAGUAUUUUUUAUGAUACCUAAUUUAUUAAAACAAGAGUGUGUGCUUCGUUAGUGGAUUUUAGGAAAAUAUACACGACCCCUGACCGAGAUUUUGCAUAACCUCCGCUCUUAUCGCGCUCGCCACAAAACAAUAGAUUAGUUGUAAUUUUUUUCACAUACAACACUAGUUUUACUAACAUUGUUUUGUCAAAAAAUCUAGACAAUGUCCGAAUGUUAGGAGCUGUUCUUUAAUUAUGUGCAAUUUUUGCGUAACGCCAGCGGCUUAGCCGUGAGAACACAUUGUAUGUUGUGUGUCAGGAGGCAUAGCUUUUCUUGUAUUAGUGUUAUGGAUGGAUUAUACAAUGCAGGAACUUGGGAUCAUGUUUGACAUGUAGUCGUUAGCAUGUCGCGGUGAAACGAAGCGUUGUGAUUUUUGUUGCAUAUUUGUAGCACACUGUGUGCAUUUUUGCAAGUUGAUUAACUAGUUUCAUUUUUUAGUAUCGUUCCAUAUUUAAAUGCGCAUCAAGUGAGGUCUCGCAAUAGUUUUGGAAGUGCACAGCGUUGCGGUUAUUGCCAAAUUCACGUGUGACAAGUGACAACACAUUUUGCAGGUGUUUGUGAAAAUAAUCGGUGGGAAAACACGCCAGUUGGUAUUGUUGGUGAGGUGACUGAAAGGACUUAUAUUGAAAAAUACAAUUAUCAGUGAUGCGGUGGAAGUGUGGGUACUCGGGGACCAUAAUGAUUUGCAGGACGGUACUUCUCAUCGUAAUGCUUACAAUAAGUUUAUGUGACGGGACACGUCGCCAAGCGCAACGUCGAAGGGACUCGUCGCGUUCUGGCGAACUGUACGUGCCGGCGCCGAGCGCUGAAAGCAUCCAGGCGCUCGCUCAAGCGAUGGGCGCGGCCGGGUUCGAGCACUAUACAGAGGGGCGCGCGCUCGUCAAGCGGCUCAUACCCGCUGACAGCCAGCCCGACCUCGACGUAGUUGAGCACCAAGGUGUGAUUGGAAAAGCUGGUUUGGACUUCCCGGCAUACCCGAACAUUCCGAACACAGGGUUCAACUGCAAGAAUGUGCCGACAGGAUACUACGCCGACUUGGAGACAGAUUGCCAGGUAUUCCACAUCUGCGACACAUCCCGUAAAAUCUCUUUUCUGUGUCCAAACGGUACCAUCUUCAGCCAGUCCCACCUCAUCUGUGACUGGUGGUUCAAGGUGGACUGCGCUUCGGCACCCGCACUCUACGAAUCCAGCGCUGAAUACUACUCAAACGAACAAAAGAAGACCCAGAAAGUCACGCAAACCCUAACCAAAAACUCAGAUCUCCAACAAAUCAACACUGACACCAAUAUUCGUGCAGAAUCCAGAAGAAGCUCUGUCAACGUACCAAGCACCACGGAACGAUUUCUCAGACACAGGCAAAGGCUUCAAGGAGACGCUCAACUUAGCAGCGCUAAAGCUACAGCAAGGAGUUUCCAAACACUUUUUGAAACCCCCAGCUAUACUCCCACACAGCGCACGAUAGGAACAACAGCUUUUGAAAAAAGGAGGAAGAACCUAGUACAACUCAUUGCCAAUAACUUUGGUAACCCACCUGCUAAGUCUACCUUGCCAACAUAUUCUGAAGGACCAGUCUACAGACCAACAACCGCCGCCCCUGCCUUCGAUUACAACAAUCCAAGAGAAAUGCAAGUCGUUGCAGAGAGCGCUUCAUUCGCAGCUAACAAAAACAACAGGCAGUUCUUGCAAGAUUUCAACAGCAAAAAUUUCCGUCCUUACCCGGUGUAUACUCCUAAUCUUCCACCCAAACCACAAAAGCCAAAUAAUCCCAACCUGACUACGCUAUAUGAUUUCCGUGACAAACAUUUGCAAACGAUCCAGUAUAAACCAGAAGAAACAUCCACCAAACGCUCAACUCUCUUGCCUUAUUUCAAACCAUACACAACGCCAUCUCAACACAGACGUGAUCCUUACACCAGACCUGGCGUUUCCCUACUGAAGGAUUUCAUUGAAAAGGAGAAAAAUAAAACUUUGGUUACGACAACGGAGAAAAUCACUCAAGCCACUGACAGGAGCGACCGAGGUGAAGUAACAGAAAAACAAGAUAAAAUAACAAUUGAAACAAAGGAUUCAUUCGAAUCGGUCACGAAAAUACCUCAAACUACUAAGAACCUUUACUCACUUGCAACUGAAACCGCAUCCUCAGAUAGACUUGAAACAUACACAAACCAAGUCACAGAAGUGACUACGGAACCUUACCAGGAAAGAAGAGAAAGGUUGAUUCGCAAACUAAACUUAGGUACAUUUGGAUCAACACAAGUCACUGAACCAACGCCUACAGAAAAAUACUAUGGAGACCAACCAAAUAGACCGGGGCUUAUCGUACCGCCAUCUUUGACCCCUAAAACUCUUCACAGUUUGGCUAUUUAUUAUGCCACUGCGAUGGAUAAUCUUUCAACGGGUAGUACCUCCGCAACUGAAGAUAUUGAAACCACUACAGCGGCUUUGAAUGAAUAUGAAACCAUUGAUGAGGAAUUGCCUGGGCUCUUUAGUCGCCAUACGAUUAAUAAAUAUAGCAGUCUUUUUGGUCAUGGUUUAGACCACAGCGAAUUACUGGAUGACCUAAAACUUGAUCCCAAUGGAACUUAUAACGAACUUGUUGAUGAUCUUAGCGUUCAACAAAGCCAAAACCCUCUAGCUACGUCGCCUCAAAUUAGAGAGCUUGCUCAAGUUUUCACGCAUGCUUUAUCGGCAUAUCUGCAAGAUCCAGUGCAAUUUAGGAAAGUCCUUUCAGAUAUAAGACCCACCCAUCCAUCGUUCACUGAUACGGCAUCCACCGAUGAAUAUUUUAACACUGAACCUACAACAACGGUCAAUGAAGAGGAUGAUGAAAUACUAGGCUUUUCUGAUGAUAUUAAAUCUAGACCCUCUUUGGCUUCUCUGCGGGAUUCGAAAUCCUUGAGCAUAGCUACUGAAUAUCCGUCUAUCCCAGAAGAAACAACUACUACUCCCAAGCCUUACACUACGCCAAAACCUUACACUACUCUUAAACCUUACACUACUCACAGUGUUUCAACAUCGUAUUCAAGUGUUACACCUCGUAGUCCAUUCAGAUGCUGUGGAAGAAUAUCUGCAUCUUAUACUUCUCCAUCUACCCCGAUAAUAGUCUCGACGCCAUUACCGUAUACAAAUACAGUGGCAGCUAAAGUUAAUACACUAACCAACGAUGAGUUCAAUAAUAAAAUAGUUGCUACCACAGAGAAUAGCUAUACAGCACCUAAAUUUGGAGGAUUCCAAAACAAUACAUUUUCUGUUAAUGAUUCGCCAUACGGAAACGGCGUGAAUCAGCCAAAUUCUCAACCACUGAGCGAAUAUAUUGAGGCCACUAAUUUACCAACUGCAUGGGGCGUUGACCUUUCCGAACCAACAGCCACAUCUACUAUCGCGACACCAGUAAAUACUUUCGAAAGCAAGAAAAUAAGAACAACUACUGUCAUACCUGAAACCACUGCUAUAUAUUUCACAGAAGCUGAUAGUGUGGAAUUGGAAAACGAAGAGGAAUUACAAAGAGCGCACAGCCAGUCAUUUAUUGGUCCUCAAGGAAACAGCCUGCGACAAGGUAAACAAGUGCAGUUCGAUCCCUCUAAUACAACAGUGAGAAAACCUUCUGAAGAUCUCGAAGCUCCAACAUUGCCCGACAUUGAGACUACCGCUGUGCAAACGACUGCUCAACCAACCACAGCUCUGAAAGUUGAAGAAACAGAGCCAACGACGACCCUGUCUCCAUUAUCUAGCAGUGUAUUCACCUCACCAGACAAUGAUAAAACUACAAACCCUUUCCAAUGGCCUACUUUCGAGACAUGGCAUAGCACUGUCGUUGAUCCUAUUACCCUCAAUGAUGGUUUAAGCCCCUCAGGACCCGAAGAAGUAGCGAAACAAACGAAUUCUUGGGUAGCCAGUACAACAAUUACACCCACAACUGGGUACACAGCCACAACCGAACAAUCAGUAUCUUCAACGUCAAUAAACAUAGAUAUCGCUUCCCGUGGAAACUUUAACGACGAGCGUUUCGGAAGACUUCUAAAAGAUGAUCGUACUUCGACGGAACCUUCUCAGGAUUUCAGCGCGAUCACCGACACUGUAGUAGAAAAGGCUAAGGAAAUUAUGGGAGGUAUGAAUUCGACCACUACUGAGAAGCUCAUGAAUGUUAUGAAGAAAACUAAAUCCAAAACGGUAAAGAGGCUGAUUCUUUUGUUAGUUCAAACUUGCGACGACGAUCAUAACACGACAGCCGAGGCAUCGAAGAAAGCCCUGUUGGAAGCACUAAUGGCAGUCUCACAAAAGGACAUGGAGGAAAUAGCAAAAGAGGAAGAACAUCUAACUGAAAACCCUACAACGAUAUCGGAUUAUGAAGCUGUGAAAUCAACAGAUUACAGACAACCAGAGAGAUACGAAGAAGCAAGGCAAGAUGACAAACCUAGUGAAAGAAGAGAACCUUUCAUCCAUUCCAGUGAAAGGAGAGGCAAGAGUCUAAAUUUCGAAGCCACCGCUGUGAAUUCGUUAUCGAACCCGUCAACAGUUGAAUCUGUACGGUCUACAACAGACAAUGUACGGUCCACAACGGAGACCGUAAUUGAAACUACAGCGUUGCCUAGUAGAACAACUCAAUUUAAUCGUAGAGGUGCGAAGAAAUUCUUCACAAGAACAACGGUGGAACCUCAAGCUACGACUACUCAUUACGUAGAUAGUCCAAGAGCUGAAGCGAGAAUGGCUUCUCCCGAUUUGAAAGGCCCAGCUGACACAAGAGCGCUCGAACUAUUAAGAUCGUUAUACACUAUUGCAGCGCGGUGGGGUUGAUAACCCAUUACUAUUAAUAGAAAUAAUUGGUUUCUAUGUUCGUGAUUUAGGAAUUGUUUGAAUCUGUUAUACAGGCUGUACAAAACAAUGCGGCAGGUGAUUAAAUGAAAAAUUAUGUAUUAAAAUUCAACGGAUUUACAUUAUAAGUUCAUCUCUUAACUACAUAUUGGAAUCAUUAAUUAUCGUCAUUACUACAUAGUUAAAAUAAUAUUUUAUUUAAAUUAAAGUAACUUAGUCAUGGAACUUUAGAUGAUAAAGACUUCAAAAUGAAACGGAUUUUUUUCGAAAAUCUUUUAAUGCCUUUUCACCACUUGUACUGUCGUUUUGUGCAUCCUCUUAAUAUCUACAGGCAACUACUGCUUAAGACUUAAAUAGUAUCUUUGACAAAAAAUAUAUUAAUUUAUUCAACAAACAAUUCCUGAAUAGAAAUAAUGUUUUUUAUUACAUUACCUAUGUAGAUAGCUUGUUUUAUUUGGUGUUUGACUUUGAAAUUUUUACGAUCAUCUCAAUGUUCAAUGUUAGAAAAUUAUUGAUAAUUUUGAUGAUUGUUUGGGACCAUUUUGGCACCAACGCCAAUGGUGCGUGCAAUUUUAAAUUUCUUAUUUUAGAGAAAUAUUGUACCUACAUCGGUAAAUUAAAGUGCCUGUGUUAAAUAAAUACAUGUACAUUUGGUCACCAAGUAGUUAACUUAUUACGUUUUGUUAUGGAAAUGUAUAAGACUUUAUGUUAAGUAGAAAUUAGAGAAUAUAUUUUUUAUUUUUAUAUUUUUUCCUAUUACUAAGGAAAAUUGCCCUGAAACCUACUGAGUUACCUAUAUUAUUUUUACUUAUAGAUUUAUGAUACUGUUACAUAUUAUAAGCUGCCACAAUUUUGCUGUAAUAUACUUGUAAGUAAACUACGUCUAAAUAAAUUGUAAUAUAAGUGUGUAGUUGGUAGGUUUUUACAAUAAAUUUAUAAAAAAUAACUGUUGUCUUAUUGAGUUGUCUUAAAAAAACCCAGGAUCAGCCCCUAUAGCAUGACCACUGAAACGGGAUAUGAUAAAGCGAUAUAUCGGCAUUAACUGUCAGACUACUGUCAAACUCCACUGUAGUCUCGACAGUCAUGCUAGAGGGGCUGACCAGGAUCCAUCUAUUUGUUACAAUUUAAAAAUAUAAAAUGGUAUGGAGUAACAAACGAGACCUUACGUCUUUUCUGUCAUUGGCCGGAUUGUAUUGUUGUUGUUACUCCGACCUAUGAUGCUCCUUUCACAUGUGACGUAAUUUCUCAUUGUGUUUUGUAAGCGACUGUGUGAUAAAGUAAGCGCUCCACUGAUUCGGUUUCGUGAAGUAGUUUUCUGAGUGGAAUAAUCUUUCAUAACCCCCUUGAAAUAUUACUUACGGGAUAGCAAGCCUAUGCCCUACGCGGUGCCUAUCUAUUUAUCUACCUACAUACCGAAAUUCAUCAAAAUUGGGUCAGCGAUUUGGGCAUGAAAGCAUAAACGAGAGAAUAAGAAACUUUCGAAAUCAUAGUUUUACUUUUCAAACAAGAAAUAUUAGUUUAUAAAAUGUAGGAAUAACGAUCGCCUUACAUUUUAUCCCUUAAUCAUCAAUAAAUAUAUAAAGUUCUAUGAAAAUAGUUAACACUACCCUUAGCAUGAACCAAUAUCGAAUUCGUAACGUUUGCGAGUCCGAAAUGUCAUUGUCAAAUCUGUGCUGAUUUUUAGUUCUCGUUACGUACUUUGUGACGCUGCUGUUCAAGUUUCCAUACAAAAUUUGACAUUGACAUUUCGUACUUGCAAGUUAUUCGAAUUCGAUAAUGGUUCCUGCUAAGGGUACAUUCACAAACAAGCAAAGAGCCAAUUGAACCUAGACUAAGCAUUCAAAUUCAGAUAAAAUAUAAUGAAAUAUACAAUCAAAAUUAAGGCAUACAAUUGUGAGAAAUCGAAAUGAAACACACAAAAUAACUUUUAAAAUAUAUUAUACGCAACGUCAACCCUAAUAUACAAACGUAUUAAGAUCACUUUUUGCCUGCUGAUCUCUUGAGGAACCGGUCGACGUCUUGGUCGGUGACUUUGUGUCCGGACUUGAAGUAGCUCUUGACUCGCUUCUUCUUCUUCAUCAUGAGUUUGGCGGCGGCCAAUGCGCCUCUACGCUGCAACGACUCGUAGCGAUCGCGGAGGAGGUUCACUAGAAUUUGAAGUUUAUUUCAGUAACGAUAAGAGGCCGUUCAAGUAUUAGGAAAGCAGAUUAUUACAACUAUAUAGCCCCUCCUG